CUCAGGAGGAAUCUGAAAUUACUCAGUCUUAUAAUGAGGGGAACACAGACAAGUUACCACAGCUAGAGGAUCGCUUCACCAUCAGGAAUCUCCUUUUCCCUUCGAACACAGAGCCAUCUCCUCUGUCUGGCUUUAUUGUCAACAUUUGCACCGGCGUACUUGGUGUUUUGGUGUGUGUCUUCAGUGUCGUAGCUGUUCAGGGAGGACUGGCUCCCUGGUCAAUGUCUGUCCUCAGUGUUAUCACGGUGGUUUGUCUGAUUCUCACCUUCACUGUGUGCAGACAGCCACAGAGCAAGGCCAAGCUUGCCUUCAAGGUUCCCCUGCUUCCCUUUAUCCCGGUCAUUAGUAUGUUCGUCAACGUGUACCUGAUGAUGCAGCUCGACAAAGGAACCUGGAUACGCUUUGCCAUCUGGAUGAUGUUAGGCUUCAUUAUCUACUUCGGCUAUGGCAUUCGUAACAGUGCAGAGGCAUUGUUGACCAAGGCGGGCACCUACACACCAGCCUGCACAAUAAAAGGCGAACCCAUGGCCACAGAGAAAGAGGCCUUUUUACACAACACACAAAACACCACCCGAGACGACAACUUGGAGGAUUCCUGAGGAGACAGGAGGUUCACUGAUCUACUCUGGCUGUGUUACUAUCAUCAUAAUAUAUUUACAUAUGGUAAAUUCUCGGAAA